CCCAUUAACAAUAUUAUUUCAAUGACUUAAACCUAAUUAUUAUAUUAGUUUAGCUAUUAGACGUUUAGUUUUCUUCUUCUCUUCUGAAACUCGUCGACUACAACAAGCAACAGCAGUAACGACUAGCAAAGGUACCAUCAAACAAAAUGGAACGGUAUUUGAAUUUGAACAAAAGAAAAGCUCCUGAUAUCAACUUGGAGGAUUUGCCGUGGGAUCCAGCUAAGCGGAAAAACAUUUUAGACUAUCCUUAUAAUCAAAGAGAUGAGGUACGGCGCAAGUAUUUGACUAGAGGACCUUGUCAACCUAGUGGUCAUACUUUUCAAAAAAAAUCAAUAGGAGGUGUAUUACGACGCUUUAAUCCACAGUGGUUUGAGCAGUACUCUGAUUGGUUAGAGUAUAGUGUGGAACAAGAAAAGGCUUUUUGUUUGUUUUGUUACUUGUUCAGAGUUCAAGCUGGAAAACAAGGCGGAAGUGAUGCUUUUGUGUCAACAGGGUUUUCUAGUUGGAAUAAGGCUGAUAGUUUCAGUAAACACAUGGGAGAUCAUACUAGUUUUCACAACGAUGCUAGAAAUAAGUGUGAAAACUUGAUGAGACAAGGUCAGUCUAUCAAGCAUGCUUUACAUAAACAAACCAAUGCUGUGAAAAAUGAUUAUCGGAUCCGUUUGAGUGCUUCAGUUGAUGUUUCUAGACACUUGUUACACCAAGGAUUGUCUUUUCGUGGUCAUGAUGAGAAAGAAGAGUCAACAAACAAAGGUAAUUUCUUAGAGCUUCUGAAGUAUACGGCUAGUCAAAAUGAGGCUGUUAGGAAAGUUGUGCUGAACAAUGCUCCUAAAAAUAAUCAGAUGACUUCUCCUCCUAUCCAAAAAGACAUUGCUCAUUGCUUUGCCGAAGAAGUAACUAAGUCUGUUAUACAAGAAAUCAACAAUGAUGUCUUUGGCUUGCUGGUAGAUGAAUCUGCUGAUAUUUCAGAUAAAGAGCAAAUGGCUGUGGUUUUUCGUUUCGUUGAUAAGUUUGGGCUCGUAAAAGAAAGAUUUGUUGGCCUUAGUCAUGUGAAAGAGACAUCUUCUUCAACUCUGAAGGAUGCUAUUGAUGAUCUGUUUUCGAAACAUGGAUUGAGUUUGAAAAAGGUGAGAGGUCAAGGUUAUGAUGGGGCCAGCAAUAUGAAAGGGGAAUUCAAUGGUUUAAGAUCUUUGAUUUUGAGAGAAAGUAGAUCUGCAUACUAUGUUCAUUGUUUUGCUCAUCAACUUCAGUUGGUUGUUGUGGCUGGUGCAAAGAAGCAUUUUGAAGUUGGAGAAUUUUUCGAUAUGGUUCAUGUUCUGUUGAAUGUGGUUGGAGCUUCUUGUAAGAGGAAAGUUAUGCUCACUGAAAGUAAUCGCAAGAGAAUGGAAGAAGAGAUUAGUAAGGGUAAAAUGAAGACUGGAACUGGGCUGAAUCAAGACCUUUCUCUUAAAAGACCUGGAUAUACUCGUUGGGGUUCACAUUACAAGACUUUAUUACGUCUUGUUGUGAUGUUUCCAUGUGUUAUUGAAGUUCUUGAACAUAUCGAGAAAGAAGGCACAGACGGCAACAAAAGACAGCAAGCAUAUGGUCUCCUCAAAUAUUUUCAGACCUUUGGUUUUGUCUUUCAUCUUCACUUGAUGCUUGUUGUUUUGGGACUCACUAAUAAUUUGUCAAAGGCUCUACAGAAAAGAGACCAAGAGAUCUUGAAUGCAGUUUCAUUGGUUGAAUCUACUAAGCGACAGUUACAGAAGCUUAGAGAUGAAGGAUGGGAUGAUUUUGUGGCUGAAGUUUAUUCUUUUAGUGAGAAGAAUAAUACUGAAGUGCCUAAUAUGGAUGAAGACUUUGUUGACUCAAGAAGACCAAGGAGAAAAACUGGCAUCACAAACUUGCAUCAUUAUAAGGUGGAGUGUUUUUACACUGUUCUAGAUUUGCAGCUUCAAGAGUUCAAUGAUCGAUUUGAUGAGGUGAAUUCUGAACUACUAAUCUGUAUGGCAUCCUUAAGUCCGAUAGAUUCUUUUGUUCAGUUUGACAAGUCAUUGUUGGUGAGACUAGCUGAGCUUUAUCCAGAUGAUUUUAGUUGUGUGGAGCGAAGAUCUCUUGAGCAACAACUUGACAUCUACCUUGAUAAUGUGAAAAAAGAUCAAAGAUUUUUUAAUCUAGAGAGUAUUGGUGAUCUUGCUCGUGUAUUGGUGGAGACAAGGAAACAUCUUUCUCAUCCUUUGGUUUAUCGUCUUUUGAAGCUAUGUUUGAUUCUUCCUGUUGCAACUGCAAGUGUUGAAAGGUGCUUCUCUGCCAUGAACAUUGUGAAGACGGCAUCGCGUAAUAGUAUUGGUGAUGAAUUUUUAAGUGAUUGUCUAGUUUGUUUUAUUGAAAAGCAAAUUCUUGAUACGGUGACAAACGAAACAAUCAUAAAACGCUUCCAAAGUAUGAGUGAGCGUAGAGUACAUCUUUGAAUUUCAAUGUAUCAUGAUUUUUUUUUUCAAUGGUUUAUGUACUUUAAGCAAACUUAUAUUAUGACCCUCGUCAACAUUUUU